CAAUCAUCCAGGAAAGGAUCUGAUGUCGAAGGAGCGGCUUCACUGAACCAUCCUGAAGCCCCGCCCCCCCCACCGGAAGCUCCUCCUCCUCCUCCAUCCGUGUGCAGGACCUGCAGGCUCUGCAUGCUGGGAGAACCGCACUGGACCGAACCGAACCUCUGGACAUCAUGAGUCUGGGCGGCACUGACCUCUCUGAGCUGCUGGUUCUGUGGGAGGAGCUUAACCGGACCUCCAACCAGUCUCAGGUGGAGCUGGUGGUGUGUUCGGGUGCCGUCGGACACGCCGCUCUCCUCCACGUUCUGUCAGUCUUCUACAUCUUCAUCUUCCUGGCUGGUCUGGCCUCCAACGUCCUGAUGAUCUGGGUGAGCCUGCGGCGCGGCGGCGCCCGGUCCGAGUCCCGGCCGUACCUGCUGAACCUGGCGGCGGCGGACCUGUGCGUGGUUCUGACCCUGCCCUUCUGGGUGGCGUCUCUGCUGCAAGGCGGGCUCUGGCCGUUCGGGGCGGCGCUCUGUAAGGCGACCCAUCUGAUGUUCGGCGCCGGCCUGCUCAGCAGCAUCCUCUUCCUCGCCUGCCUCGGCGUGGACGCCUACCUGUCCGUCACGCUGCUCGCCGGCGCCCCCAGCGGCCGCAGGAGGAAGCUGAUGCGGCGGCUGAGCUGUGCGUUGCUCUGGCUCCUGGCGUUGGCGGCCUCCAUCCCUGAAGCCUACUUCCUGCAGGCGGUGCGGUCCCCCCACCGUGGCGGCGCCGUGUGUCGACCCGUCUUCCCGUCGGAGAACCCCAGGGACGGGAUGGUGGGGGUCCAGGUGAGCUUUCUGGUGCUGGGCUUCGUCGUCCCCGCCCCCAUUAUCACCGGCUCCUACCUCCUGCUGGCGGCGGGCCUCCCUCCGGGCUCGGAUCAGACGCGGCGCCUCAUCCGGUCCUACGUGGUGGCGUUGGCGGCGUGCUGGCUGCCGUUCCACACCGUCCUGCUGCUGGACACCCUGGCGCUGCUGGACGCGCUGUCCUUCAGCUGUCGGCUGGAGAGCUUCCUGUUGGCGGCGCUGCCCCUGACGCAGUGCUGCUCGCUGCUGCACUGCGUCCUCAACCCCGUCCUCUACUGCUUCCUGCACAGGAGCCGCCGCCAUGACCUCAUGGAAGCCUUCGUCUUCCAGUACUCUACCAGAACCGGGCUGGUCCGGCUGAUGGACGCCUCCCAGGCCUCAGAUGCCUCUGCAGACCAGAACCGGCCGGUCCGAUCCGCUCUGCAGGACGGCGCUGGAGCAGAUCUAUGAACUCUGGUCGUUUUGGACCUUCUGGUUCUGAUGGCUGUGAUCCGGAACCAGGAGGUCCAGCGUCAGGAACACCAGAAACUGGAGUCAACUGGACUUCACUGAGAUGAAGAUGUUUCGCCGCCGAUCCGGGUCUGUGUCCUUCUGCCUCCAUUUUAAUUCUGUUGGUGGUUUCCACCAUCCGGACAUCUGAAGGUCAGAGAACCUGACAGAGAUCCAGAACAGACCUCAAGGUUCUGCAGAACCGGUCCAGGUCCGGUCUGUUUGGAUUCUGCUGUCCUUUAUCUGGUGACCAAUCCAUAUUUUAACCACUUUAGAUUCUGUUCAUAUUUCAGCCUUUUUAACUUGAAAUGUCUGAUAUUUAAUGCAUGGAACACCUUCCCUGAUUAGAGAACAUCAUUAAAAUUAAUCAGAAUGAGAGAAAAUGUUUCAUUUUCUGUUGAAUGUGAGAGAAAUGUCCUUAAAAAAGAAAGAAGUAAAAAGAUUGGCGCUUUGAUCCACUGAACAAUAAAAUAAA